GACGUCAUAAGGCUGCGCUGCGCUCCUGCGUCUGUUAUUCAGCUGAAAAAAGAAAAACUCUGGUGAAACAACUAAGAUCUACGUGACACACUAUUAUAAAGAUGGCGUUUAUUAAAGAAGAGAGUGAAGACAUGAGGAUUGAAGACGCAUUCAGAGUGAAAGAAGAAGAUACUGAGAAACAAACAGACUUGAUGGUGCUUAAAGAAGAGAGCCAAGGCCUGAAUAAAGUGGAAAAGAAAGAUCUGUAUGAGAAGCAACACGAUUUCAUAAAAGCAGGAAAAUAUUUUAGUGGCUCACAAACCAAGAAUGCUUCACGAAAAAGAGCUCAGAAGACAGGAACUAAAAGUAACUUGACCUGCCAACAGUGUGGAAAAAGUUUUAAUGAAAAAAGAAGCAUCAAGAGCCACAUGAGAAUUCACACAGGAGAGAAACCUUACACAUGCCUGCAUUGUGGAAGAAAAUUCGGUCGAAGUGGAAAUCUAAAGACUCACCUGAGAAUUCACACUGGAGAGAAGCCUUACACAUGCACUCAGUGUGGAAAGGGUUUUACACAGAAAAAAGCCCUUAAUUCUCACAUGAGAUAUCACACUGGAGAGAGCCCUCAUACAUGCAGACUUUGUGGGAGGGGCUUCUCGCAAAAAGGAAAUCUUGAGACUCACAUGAGAAUUCACACGGGAGAGAAGCCGUUCGUAUGUGUUCAGUGCGGAAAGAGUUUUACGCAUAAAGGAACCCUUGAUACCCACAUGAGAGGUCACACUGGAGAGUGCCCUUACACCUGCAAACUGUGUGAAAAGAGCUUUACACGAAAAGAAAGUCUUAAGGCUCACAUGAGAAUUCACACUGGAGAGAAGCCAUUCAAAUGUGAUCAAUGCGGAAAGAGUUUCAGAUGUAAAGAAAACCUUAAUCACCACGUGAGAAUUCAUUUAAAACGAAACUGUUUUGAAUGUUAUCAGUGUGGAAGGAGUUUCACAGACGGCAGUCAGCUUAAGAAUCAUGUAAUAUCUCACACUGGAGAGAAGCCUUUCAUGUGCCAUCACUGUGGAAAGAAUUUCACAAACAAAGCAAACCUUGAAAUUCACAUAAGAGUUCACACUGGAGAGAAACCUUUCACCUGCCCUCAGUGUGGGAAGAGUUUCUCAGUUAAGGGAAACCUUGAGGUUCACAUGAGAGUUCACACUGGAGAGCAGCCUUUUACAUGUGUUCAGUGUAAAAAGAGUUUCACAUAUCAAAGAGACCUUAAACGUCAUUUGCAAACUCAUUCUGAAAGUAAAUUGCAGUGUUCUGAUUGUGGGAAGAUAUUUAAAAAAAGGAGCCAUUUAAAGAAUCACCUACGCAUUCACUCUGAUGUAAAGGAAAUUUAAGUGUUAUCCCAAAGCAAUAAAUUUCUUUUGACAUUACUCUUAUUGAUACAGUUGUGGCCUAAUGGUUAGAGAGUUGAUUUUGUAACCCAAAGGUUGCAGGUUCGAGUCUCAGGUCCGGCAGGGAUUGUAAGUGAGGGAGUAAAUUACCAGCACUCUCUCCACCCUUAAUACCACGACUGAGGUGAGUCCCUUGAGCAAGGCACCAAACCCCCAACU